AUGCUCCUUUCAGCUGUCCUAUCGAGUCCACAAUGUUUAACAUGCGACUUUUUAACGGAAACGGUCGUGAAGGGACUCAAAAUCACCGAGCGAAACCAUUUCGCUGGCGGAGACACAGCUUGGGAAGAGAAGAACCUCGGCAAAUAUGCAACGAGUGAGACGCGUUUGAUCGAGGCUUUGGAAGGAGUUUGUAAAAAGUCCACCCUUGCUUCUACCGACAGCUAUAUCAGUGUGAAAGACCUCGAAUUCAAGUGCGCUCAUUUGAUGGAGGAGAGCGAAGAGCUCGUGGAGAAGUGGUACUAUAAGAAUCAGGAGAAGGAAGAGAAUCGAGUGGAUUGCGCUGAAUGCUACGGUGGUUGUAACGGAUGCACAGGGCCGUUAGCGACAGAGUGCACCGAAUGCCGGGUCGGUUUUGAGCGUGAUUCGAAGAACGCUUGUGUUGAUGUGGACGAAUGUGCUAAACCCGAACUUCAUGCUUGCACCAAGGCUAAUGAAGUUUGCAUCAACGACAUCGGCAGCUACAAGUGCGAUUGUGCGGACGGGUACAAGAAAAACGAUGUCACCAAGGAGUGCGAGCUGAAUAUACUAGCGCCACCCCAACAACCGCUGAUCCGCCCUAACCUGCUACUGCGGCUGCCUUCAACGUCGGAGGAGCCCGUAAAUGCAGAGCACAGCGCCACAGCUCUGCCGGACGAAGACCCGCUCCUCAUCGACCCUUAUCCUGCACCCGUCUAUUUCAUGCGCGAUCCGUUCACCCCGCGCCCAAAAGUCAAAGGUCGCAAACCUCUGCUGUCCGAUUUUUUGGUUCUUGGGUCCCCCUGUCAUCUCUGCUCACAGCCCGUCUGCUUUGACAAGGGGUGCUCCGUUCAUUUUGGGCAUUUAUUUUGCGGCUUGUGCAUCGCUCGCGAAAAACGACGUUUUCCAGAGCAAGUGAUUCAGCCUCCCGGCUCCGGUGGAACUUCCAACUUCUACGCGACUUGGAAUCACAGUGAAGGCCUUGCAUGUGGCGGC